CCUUGUGUAUGUAAGUUUAAAGAUGUUUAGGCACCUAUAAUUUGAUUCCCAUACAUAAUUGUCAGUUUCUUUCUAGUUUUCUCAAUGGAAACUCGUUAUAAUUUGAAGAAUGUUGUUGGCUUAUGUGUUCUUAUUUUUUUCCUUUAACAACUUGUUACAUACCUCGUUUGCUUUGUAACCAUGGCAGUAAAAUCAGGAUUUGUGUACAUAAAGAUGGAGUAUCAACAAGUCUUAAUUUCAGAUAUAGAUGCCCUCAUAAUACUCACAAGUGCAGUGCCACAGACAAAACUUGGGUUUGAUCCAACCAAAGGACUAAGACCAGAGUUCUAUUUUGACGGUUGACUGGAUUGGGCAGAAAAAUCAAUAGAUGCUGGAUGAAUUGUCUAGCACAAAGAAUCAACUUCUACAGGGUUUUUCCCCCGAUGAUGCAUAUCCAUCAGGACCUCCAUUAUUUAUGGAGACAUCAAGACCAUGCUCUCCUCUUGCUUAGACUGAGCUCCCAAAUUUUGAUGAGAGUUUGAUUGAAGAGACACAGUUGGAGUCUGUUAAUAUGCCAAGAUAUGGUCCUACUGCUAAGUUAAACAAUUGAUUGAUGCAGAAGGAUCUUUCACUCUUCAAAAGUUGGAGACAUUCAAGUCAAACAAUUGUUUGUUUCUUCUUUUUUUGUUUAAAAAAAAAGUAUAUUUGUUUGUUGUUUUUUCUUCUUCGUUGAACGUUUUUUCUUAGCUUACUAAUUAACAAGAAUGAAUAAACUUAUUUGUGUGAGGAUUCAACUAGGGCAAGUAUCGGCUGCGCAGGUCACUUUGGCAUGCGUUAAUGGAUAAAUUUACUGUGAGAGUUAUCUCACUUCUUUCCUUCUGUAUCUUUGAUGUUAUUAAGAUUUUUAUUUUUAUUGUUAUCAUAAUUUCUUUUCUCUGUUAGUUUUCCUAUUUCCCCAUUCCUAUUGUAAACGGAAGUUCAGUGAUGAGAAGUGCUUUCAAGCAAUCUAUACUUAGUUCAUCCAGCUAGUCGGAACUGAAAAAACACAUACAUACGUUACAAACUAAUUUGAAUAUAUUCAAAGAUUACAAUUGAAAUGUCACAAAGCGUAUUAUUAAUUUUUAUUCUUUAUUUUUUGGAUUUGAGUUGAUAAUAUAAUAAAGCCCACGAAGAUGCUGAUUAACGCAGUUGUUCCAAAGCCCAUCACAAAAACAAAGGACCAAGGAGGGUGGCAAAAUUGCAAUAAAAUGCGAAAAGUAUUAGCAUAAUGGUAGCAGUGAUAAUAUUUUGAAAGAAAAAAAAAAAAAGCCCGCGAAAAUAACCACCUUCUUGGAAAUGACGUGUAGUUUGGUUCCAGUGUGGAUGAUGGUGGCGUUGCUUAUGGUGGCCAACGGCGUUGGAGUGAGAAGCAUACCGAACAGAGAGUUUGAUUCGAUGCUGAACACCGUACGAGCAAGAGGCUACGACCUCUUCUGCAACGCGAUCGUGACCUCUGAUCUCAAAAUCGAUAUUCUCUCCGACGCAAACUCAUCACGCGACGCCUUCACCUUCUUCGCUCCCACCGACGCCUCACUAUUCGCCCUCGACAUGACUCUAACGGCCUCGUCUUACACCGACACUCUCCGUUUCCACGUCGUCCCUCUCCGCCUCUCCCUCGCCCAGCUCCGCCUCCUCCCCGACGGCUACACUCUCCCCACGCUCCUCCCUCACCGCCGCCUCCACCUCGCCCACCGCACUUCCUCCUCCCCCGCCUCUAUCUCCGUCGCCGGCGUCGACGUUGCUUUCCCUGGCAUCUUUUACGGCCGUAACGUCGUCGUUCACGGCCUCGCCGGUAUUCUCAGCCUUCGAUCCAACAACUCUCCUUCUCCUUCGCCGAUUCCUUCCGAAGAUCGCUGGUUCUUCUCUCCAAGAAGUAGCCCUAACUCGCCGGCGAACCAUCCGAUUCUUGCUCCGUUCCACGUCACGAAUCGGUCAGGUUCUCCCGCUCCGUUUGAGGCUCCGGCACCGGCUGCUUCGCCGGUUGAUGCUCCAGAAGGUGAACCUGAUUGGACGGUUUAUCCUCCGGUCGCUGAGUCUCCGAGAUAUCCUGAUUCGGCAAUAUCACUGCCGCCGGAGGAAUAUUCCGACUCGGCGGCUCCGGCGCCUGAAGGCAUCCGAAAGUGUCUGAAUCCAGAUGAAGGAUUGGAAGAGUCAGUCAUGCAGUGCUAUGCAGCAUAGACUAGCUUAGUACUUUUCGAUUUGGAACCAUUAAUUGAUGAUGAAAUUCUUCAAGUUUCAGUGACCUUGAAUGCAGAAUAAGCUUGCUUUUCUUUCUUGUUUCUUUGCCCAGAAUUGUUGUAGCAUUUGGACUUUGAAAUUUCAGUGUCUCUAGCAAAUCAAUAGAAAUGUAUAUACCUGUA